GGUUGUGUAAUCGUCUAAGCACAAAAUCCACAAUGGAAGAAGAUCUGGAUGAGGGGCAAAGCCAGAAAGGAUGCCUGGAGUGCUGUCUGAAAUGCCUGGGCGGUAUCCCGUACCCGUCCCUGAUAGCCACCAUCCUGCUGUACGCCGGAGUGGCCCUGUUCUGUGGCUGCGGACACGAGGCUCUCACUGGCACUGUCACCAUCCUGCAGAACUACUUCGAGGUGGUGAGGAGCCCUGUGGAGGCACUGGACGUCUUCACCAUGAUCGACAUAAUUAAGUACGUGAUCUAUGGCAUUGCUUCUGCGUUCUUCGUCUAUGGCAUCCUGCUGAUGGUGGAGGGCUUCUUCACUAGUGGGGCCAUCAAAGACCUGUACGGAGACUUCAAGAUCACCACCUGCGGACGAUGUGUCAGUGCCUGGUUCAUCAUGCUGACCUACAUCUUCAUGCUGGCCUGGCUCGGGGUCACAGCCUUCACCUCCAUCCCCGUCUUCAUCUACUUCAACAUCUGGAACAUCUGCCAGAACGCAACGUCUCUGGAGGGGGCCAGCCUGUGCUUAGACCCACGCCAGUAUGGUAUCGUGCCCAUCGCUGAGGCCAAAACUGUGUGCGCCGGCUCUGAGAAGUUUUACAGGAUGUGUGAAUCCAACGAGCUGGACAUGACUUUUCACCUGUUCAUCUGUGCACUGGCUGGAGCUGGAGCCGCUGUCAUCGCUAUGAUCCACUAUCUGAUGGUGCUCUCUGCUAACUGGGCGUAUGUCAAGGACGCGUGCCGGAUGCAGAAGUACGAGGACAUCAAGUCCAAAGAGGAGCAGGAGCUGCACGACAUCCACUCCACGCGCUCCAAAGAACGCCUCAACGCCUACACAUAA